AUGGUCAUCGAAAGAGCCCACCGCAUUGGGAAGCGGGACCCCAAAGGUGAGCGUCAGAGGCCCAUAGUGGCUAAGUUUUUAAAUUUCAAAGACCGAGAACUGGUCUGGUCUAGAAGGAAGGAGCUAAAGAGAGCCGCCCCAGGGGUCUACCUGAAUGAGGACUUCUCCGAGGCAGUUAGACAGAAAAGAAAGGAGCUGCUGCCCAAACUGAGAGAAGCUUGGGACAGAGGGGACAUUGCGUAUUUUAAAUUUGAUCAUUUAGUCGUUCACCCACCAAGGCUCAAUAAAGUGCGUCGUCCAGACUCUGUCAGCCUGCAGUCUGUGUUCUAUUUCAUAUCUGGUCAACACGCCACCGUAUGGGUCACUCUCUCCGAGGGUGAGCUGCUUCAGGAGACAAUGAACAGCUUGUUGCUCGCAGUAAGGAAGAGUGUGCGGAUCUUUGGAGUUUUUGUCUGGAAUAGUGUGGCGCUGCGAGGAGCCUCUUUUCGCGUGAGGGAGAACGCUACCUCACGUGGCUGGGUUACUGUUUUGGUCUUCGGCCAGACCAUGUCACAGGACGGCGAUUGCGAGGUUUUUCCCUCUCCAGCCAUUGCCCUGGGCCAAGCUGGUCUCAGGGCAGAGAAUGAGCUGGACACAGAGGCGCGUGAUCGGCCACUCGCCGGUAAGCGGUGCACGCGGAAGAGGAAGCGUUCAGAGGCGGAGAUUGAACAGCUGCAGCUGCAGGUGGAGGCUAUGCAAAAUACCCUGCAGGGGCUUGUUCAUGCUCAGCGUCCUGCAGGGCUGCCUGGCAUGGGCAGGCCACCUCCUGAUGUCUGGGAUAAAGAUCCAUAUGUGCUUUCUAUCGCAGCCUCUGACAGUUUGGAGGGUCUGCACGACCCCCAGUUCGAGGAGGAUGUCCAGUCGCUCUCAGAUUUGGGGGAUGGCUCUUCACAAGCUUCAGAGCCUGAGCCGAUGGACCCUUCUGAUAGGGCUGUGAUUACAAGGGUGGCAGCACGUGCACAGCUGGUCUGCCAAGCUCCGCCUCCAGCUGUUCAGUGUUUGACAGGGGCUCACGGCGGCGCAGGGGCUGAAACACAUGGGGUGGCCACGGCCCCCCGAGUUGGGGCCACCUUUGCUAUGUUGGCAGGAGCUGUGGCAAGGGCUGGCAGGGAAGCAAAUCACCCUGACAGGCGCUGCAGGGCCACUGAUAACCAGCUCCGCAGGGCUUAUCAUGCCUCGGCGUUGGCGGCCAGGUUGGCGUGCACCAAUUCUUUGUUGCUGCUUUAUUUGGAGGGUCUGCUGCAGGAUUUGGCUUCAGCAGCCCCGAGUGAUGAGAUGACGGAGAUGCUCCGUGUGGCGGACAUGUUGCUGCGGGUCAACAUUGCGCAUGCCCAAGCCCUUGGCCAAUCAAUGGCCUCUAUGGUCUGGCUGUCACAAUCCAAUCUGUCCGACCAGGAUUGCAUUGCUGUGCUGGCAGCUCCAGUGGUGCCAGGAGAGAUCUUUGGCCCACCCUGUGAGGCAGCCUUGGAGCAGUCUCGUAGGACGAGGGAGCUGACACGCUCUUCAGCUAUACGGCCUCCAGGGCGCCGCAGCCUGCCGCCCAGGGGUUCCCAGUCCGGGGACGCCCGGCUCGCCAGCAUUCCUUUCGCUAUGACCGCAGUGGGGGUGCCAGAUCGGGGUCAGCUGGUGGCCGGCGCUGACGGUUGUCAGCCUCCGGCUUCACGCUCCACUCCUCAGCACCUUGCUCACUGGCGCCAGUGUACUCGGUGCCCUUGGGUACUAAAUACACUGGAGUCAGGAUACAGACUCCAGUUCAGAACCAGACCACCGCCGUUUCCCGGCAUUGUUCCUACCCUCCUCAGCAACAGGGCAGAUUGUCAGUCCCUUGUGACAGAGGUUUCGGCCCUUCUGAAGAAGGGGGCAAUAACACCCGUCCCCAGUGGCGAGAUGCACCAAGGGUUUUAUUCAACCUACUUCUUGGUUCCGAAAAAGGACGGUGGCCUCCGUCCUAUCUUGAACCUGAAGGGGUUCAAUGGCUUCCUAAAACGCCUGCCCUUCCGUAUGCUUCGUCUGUCGCGCCUUCUGUCAGCUGUAAGGCAUGGAAACUGGUUCACUACGGUGGAUCUGCGCAAUGCGUACUUCCACAUUCCUAUUCACAGAGGUCACAGGAAGUACCUCCGUUUCUUCUUUCAAGGCACAGCAUACGAGUACGCCGUCCUCCCGUUCGGCCUGUCCUUGUCUCCUCGCACCUUCACAAAGUGCAUGGAGGCAGUGCUGGCACCUCUCCGUCGACAGGGCAUUCAUAUUUUGAAUUACCUGGACGAUUGGCUGGUGUGCUCCCCGUCAGAGCGUCAGGCCCAGCUCGACACCUUGACGGUGUUGAACAACCUCAAGAACCUGGGGCUGGCCUUGAACAGGGAGAAGAGUUGCCUUGUUCCAUCAAAGAGGGUGGAGUAUCUGGGUUUGGUUCUGGAUUUGACCUUAAUGAGAGCUGUCCUCACCUUGAAGAGGACAGCGGUGCUGAUGGACAGCUUGUCACAGUUGACUGUGGGCAAGCACAUCUUAGUGAAGUGUGGCCGGAGGCUGUUGGGCCUCAUGGCAGCGGCGUCCCAGGUGGUGCCCCUGGGGUUGCUUCACAUGCGGCCGCUGCAGCGUUGGCUUGCCAGGCACAGAGUGUGCCCCCACGAGGAUGGCCUGAGGGCUAUCCUGGUGUCUGCAAUUUGCCUUCCAGCACUUGCGUGGUGGACCACAGCCCUAGGCCUCAGGGAGGGAGUUCCGCUGGGGCCGGUGUGCUCAAGGGUGACCAUAACUACAGACGCCUCAAAAGAAGGCUGGGGGGCCCUAUGGGCGACCCACCCGGUCCGGGGCCUGUGGGGUCCCUUUUGGAGAGGGGCUCACAUCAACCUGCUCGAACUGGAGGCAGUGUAUCGAGCCUUGGUGUAUUUCCUUCCUGCAAUUCGGGGGAAGUAUGUGUUGGUUCGGACCGACAAUUCGACUGUGGUCGCUUACGUCAACCGGCAGGGCGGACUGCGGUCAGGGUCCCUGCACAACUUGGCACACAAGCUCCUCCUCUGGGCUCAUGCACAGGGUGUGUCCCUGAAGGCCAUCUACUUGCCAGGGGCAGUGAACAUGGCAGCAGACCUCCUGUCCAGGGGCGGCCCCAGGCCAGGGGAGUGGCGGCUUCACCCGCAGAUUGUGGAAGCCAUUUGGUCUCGCUUCGGAGAGGCCCAGGUGGACCUCUUUGCCUCACGGGAGACCACCCAUUGCCCACUAUGGUACUCCAUAGCAGGUCCAACAGGAACAUUGGGGGUGGAUGCUCUUGCGGGCCAGUGGCCCCAGGACCUGCUGUAUGCAUUUCCUCCCUUUCUCCUCAUACCAGCUGCUCUGGCCAGGGUGGGGAUGAUGGAGGCCAGGGUUCUGCUUGUGGCCCCAGAUUGGCCACAUCAACCAUGGAUGGCAACUUUGCAGAGGCUGCUGGCAGGAACCCCAUGGUGCCUCCCAGUCAGGCCGAACAUGCUGUCACAGGCUCAAGGACAGCUCUGGCACCAGAAUCCGGGGAUUUACAGGCUGCAUGUCUGGCCUGUAGAUGGGAACCGCUCAGCAGUUUGA